GAACCUUCUGGCACAGGCCUCACCCCCCACCCCCAGUGCCGGGGGCGGGGGCGGUCGGUUGAGGGGUUAGUGCCGCUGGGAUCCAGAGAGGGGGCAGUCUUCAGCAGGCAGCCGCUCAAGCUGGCGGCCCUGAUAAACAAGUGAAUUUCCGGUGACAGGUACGAAGUCCAGAGUUGAAGAGGGACCGCCCGUGAAGGCGGCCGGCCGGAACCAGAGGGGAGGGGGGUAGGCAUUCUCCAGGCAAAGCCAGAGGGACCAAGAAGACGCAAAACUGCCUGCAAAAGUGUCCAGCACGUUUCCAGAUGCAUCCCCACUGCUCCUAUGAGUAACACUAUCAAGGUGUUCCAUUCCUCACAAUCAUUUGAAGUGACAGAUAGCAAUCACUACUUUUCAAAGAUUUGCAUAUAUUUCCCAAAGGAGACUCGGGGUGCUGCUACUAGAAGAACCAGGAAUGAAUGCUGAGCAAGCAAAAGAAUGAGGUGUCCCAGUCCCCAGCCUGCACCUACUUCCUCCUCCACCUCACCCAACCCCUCCCUGUGGCAGACCCAGGGCUCUUAGCCUUGGGGUAGUUGUGUCCCCUCUAAGAAGCUGAUGAGAGCGCCGACUGCCCUCAGCCCACACACCAGCCAGCUCCCUUAUGGUGACUGCAGCCCCACCAUCGUGAUUAGUGAUAAUGAACCAGGUUAUGACCUGGAUUUAUUUUGUAUACCUAAUCAUUAUGCUGAGGAUUUGGAAAAGGUGUUUAUUCCUCAUGGACUAAUUAUGGACAGAACUGAACGGCUUGCUCGAGAUGUGAUGGAGGAGAUGGGAGGCCAUCACAUCGUGGCCCUUUGUGUGCUCAAGGGGGGCUAUAAAUUCUUUGCUGACCUGCUGGAUUACAUCAAAGCACUGAACAGAAAUAGCGAUAGAUCCAUUCCUAUGACGGUAGAUUUUAUCAGACUGAAGAGCUACUGUAAUGACCAGUCAACAGGUGACAUAAAAGUAAUUGGUGGAGAUGAUCUCUCAACUUUGACUGGAAAGAAUAUCUUGAUUGUUGAAGGUAUCAUUGACACUGACAAAACAAUGCAAACCUUGCUUCCCUUGGUCGAACAGCGUAAUCCAAAGAUGGUCAAGGUUGCAAGUUUGCUGGUGAAAAGGACCCCUCAAAGUGUUGGAUAUAGACCAGACUUUGUUGCAUUUGAAAUUCCAGGCAAGUUUUUUGUAGGAUAUGCCCUUGACUAUAAUGAAUACUUCAGGGAUUUGAAUCAUGUUUGUGUCAUCAGUGAAACUAGAAAAGCAAAAUACAAAGCCUAAGAUGAGAGUUCGAGUUUAGAAACAUCUGGAGUCCCAUUGAAAUCACCAGUAAAAUUAUCAAAUGUUCUAGUUCUGUGGCCAGCUGUUUAGUAGAGCUUAUUGUAUGUAUCUUCUAAGAAUUUUAUCUGUUU